AUGGCUGGUUGUACACACCCUAAUGAACGUCUAUGGCUGGCCCGGAACACUGUAAUACCACCACCUGAGCUUCAGCGGCAGGUUUUCCCGUUCAUCAAAGAUCACUUCAAGGAGCUUGAAGGACGCGAGGAUUGGCUGCAAUGGCUCGAAAACGUGAUGAUGGACAGAAACGUGUAUCAUAAGCGGCAGUCGACCAAGCGAAUGGCAAUCUCGUUCUCCGAUAUUCUUAAAAUCAGGAUGCUGCUCCUUCUGGCCCACCUACGUAAAGUCGUCUUGCAGGAUGCUGUCGCACUUAUGAGCCUCCCCAAUGAGCCGUUCCUGUAUGGGGACCAUCGCAUCCUUCAGCACAGCGUCUUCAAAGGAUCCUUGUUUUUGGAGUUCAAGGGAACCUUGCUAAGGAGUAUGGAAACCGCAAGAUCUCCCAUGACGGACAGUCUUUCCGUCAAUACCCCAGCUCUCCAUAACGAAUUCAGCAGGAUGAACAACAGAAUGAGUCGAGCCGAAAGCGAACUUCGCCAUCUCUUUCAAGAAAGCAACAACCAGGCAGCCCAGCAAGUAAAGCGCCUCGAACACCUCCUUGUCAACCAGUUCAGCAGCUAUGUCACCCACAACAACAGCUCACCAACAGCACCAGUAACACCAGUAGCACCGGUAGCUCCAGCAGCCCCAGCAGCCCCAGCAGCUCCUAGACAGCAGUCCUUGAAGGAGAGACGGAUGGUGCUCGAAGAAGAAUUAGGGUCCCGGUAUGUACACUAUCCACCUAAUAGUGUGGAUCUCGUCGACGUUACAAUGCUGCCGUGCAAUGAACCACUUCAACGACAAUGGGAUGAAUGGUUCAGGGGCGUAGACGGGCGGCCAUCACUUUGGAUCUUGAAUAAGACGUUUAAAUCCAAAUGGCGCAAAGGGCAUGGUAACACGCUGGCGAAAACAUUCUCGUUCAAGAAGACAAUCGUGUACUCCAUCUUGGAUUUGAUACUGAACACCGAAGGGGCGACGUUGGAGGCAAGGGAGGAGUCAGCCUUGCAGGUCGUGGAGGAUCAACUGAGGGUCAUGACCUUGAACAGAUAUUACCUGAACGUCGCUAAGGGUAUGGGGCAGCUGGGGCAGCCAGGCCCGCAGCUGGAGGACGAGGAGGAGCAGGAGGAGAAUGCCUAG